UCCCGCACAUCUCGUUCCAAAUCUCCCAAUCUUUCCCGCACAAACAAGCCUGCACAUUCCCCCCUCCCUCGGAGCAGCGAUGGCGCCCAAGGCGGAGAAGAAGCCGGCGGGGAAGAAGCCCGCGGAGGAGGAGCCCGCGACGGAGAAGGCCGAGAAGGCCCCCGCCGGGAAGAAGCCCAAGGCCGAGAAGCGGCUGCCGGCGGGCAAGACCGCCUCCAAGGAGGGCGGCGGCGAGAAGAGGGGCCGGAAGAAGGGCAAGAAGAGCGUGGAGACCUACAAGAUCUACAUCUUCAAGGUGCUCAAGCAGGUGCACCCCGACAUCGGCAUCUCCUCCAAGGCCAUGUCCAUCAUGAACUCCUUCAUCAACGACAUCUUCGAGAAGCUCGCCGGGGAGGCCGCCAAGCUCGCCCGCUACAACAAGAAGCCCACCAUCACCUCCCGGGAGAUCCAGACCUCCGUCCGCCUCGUCCUCCCCGGGGAGCUCGCCAAGCACGCCGUCUCCGAGGGCACCAAGGCCGUCACCAAGUUCACCUCCUCUUAGAUUCAGUCUCUGGCAGCUGUAGUUGGGUGCUGUUUACCUAGAAUUAGCAUUGCUCAAUGGAAAUUGGUGGAGUAUUGUUUAGUUCGUAGUUGGUUUGGUGAUGUUACCGUGUCAUCAUGGGACUGAUCGAUCUGAAAUACUAGCAAUGAUCUGGUGCAUCUUUUGGGAA